AUGAACAAGCCUGGAUGUUCAACUCACCUCUCUCUUCGCCAGCCUACAACUCGAAUCAGAACCUCUCCUGCCCUCCUCUUCAGAGUGUUCUCCUCUCUCGGAUCUAACCGGGAUCCCAACGGCAGCGUUUUGAUCGAGACCACCGCCACUCCCCUCGAGACCUCCGCCGCCGACAUUGUUCCCAAAUCCACCGUCUCUGGUGGAGUUCAGGAUGUGUACGGCGAGGACGCUGCCACCGAGGACAUGCCCAUCACUCCUUGGUCUCUUUCCGUCGCCAGUGGGUAUACGUUGUUGCGUGAUCCACAUCACAACAAGGGCCUUGCCUUCAACCACAGAGAGCGUGACGCUCACUAUCUACGCGGCCUCCUUCCCCCCACUGUUAUCUCCCAAGAUCUUCAGGUUAAAAAAAUGAUGCAUACUCUUCGUCAGUAUCAAGUUCCCUUGCAGAGGUAUAUGGCUAUGAUGGAUCUCCAGGAAACCAACGAGAGGUUGUUUUACAAGCUUCUCAUUGAUCAUGUCGAAGAGUUGCUACCAGUUGUCUACACUCCAACAGUCGGGGAAGCCUGCCAGAAGUAUGGUAGCAUUUUCCUGCGUCCACAAGGGCUUUUUAUCAGCUUGAAAGAAAAAGGUAAGAUUCAUGAGGUGUUGAGGAACUGGCCUGAGAAGAACAUCCAAGUCAUUGUUGUCACUGAUGGGGAGCGCAUUUUAGGGUUAGGGGAUCUUGGAUGUCAGGGAAUGGGAAUACCUGUUGGGAAACUUUCUCUGUAUACAGCCCUUGGAGGUGUCCGGCCAUCUGCCUGUCUGCCCGUCACAAUCGAUGUUGGGACAAACAAUGAAAAGCUAUUGAACGAUGAGUUCUACAUAGGGCUUCGCCAAAGGAGAGCUACAGGAGAGGAAUACGCCGAACUUAUGGAUGAAUUCAUGACAGCAGUCAAGCAGAACUAUGGGGAGAAAGUCGUUAUUCAGUUUGAAGACUUUGCGAACCAUAAUGCUUUUGAUCUGUUAGCCAAGUAUGGUACAACACAUCUUGUUUUCAAUGACGAUAUUCAGGGCACGGCAUCAGUUGUGCUGGCGGGGCUUAUUGCUGCUCUUAGAUUUGUUGGUGGAUCCUUGUCAAACCAUAGAUUCCUCUUCCUCGGUGCUGGAGAGGCUGGCACUGGAAUAGCUGAACUAAUUGCUCUUGAGAUAUCAAAGAAGUCCCAAAUUCCAUUGGAAGAGGCUCGGAAGAAUAUUUGGCUCGUGGAUUCAAAGGGAUUGAUUGUCAGUUCCCGGAAAGAAUCCAUUCAACAUUUCAAAAAGCCCUGGGCUCAUGACCAUGAACCAAUAAAGAAACUUGUUGAUGCCGUCAAGGCAAUCAAGCCGACGGUUCUGAUUGGAACAUCGGGAGUAGGUCAAACAUUCACUCGAGAUGUGGUAGAAACCAUGGCAGAGCUAAAUGAGAAACCCAUCAUUCUUUCUCUUUCAAACCCAACUUCCCAGUCAGAAUGUACAGCAGAAGAGGCCUAUACGUGGAGUCAGGGACGGGCAAUCUUUGCAAGUGGAAGCCCAUUUGCGCCAGUAGAGUAUGAGGGAAAGACGUUUGUGCCUGGACAGGCAAACAAUGCAUACAUCUUCCCUGGGUUUGGNCUGGGGCUAAUAAUGUCAGGGACAAUUCGCGUUCAUGAUGACAUGCUUCUGGCAGCAUCGGAAGCUUUGGCUGAGCAACUGAUGGAGGAGCACUAUGAGAAGGGGAUGAUAUACCCUCCGUUCAGGAAUAUCAGGAAAAUCUCAGCUCGUAUAGCAGCCAAGGUGGCUGCCAAGGCCUAUGAACUNGGAUUGGCGACAAGGUUGCCACAGCCCAAGGAACUGGAGCAGUGUGCUGAGAGCAGCAUGUACAGCCCUUCGUAUCGUAGCNACCGCUGA